AUGUUCCGGCGUUUGACAGUUGCAGGCGGACAAAAGCGGCUGACGACUUCGUCACCUCGUUCGCCGGAGGACAGCGGGAAAGAUUGGCAGGACGACGAUAACAAGGACGCGAGCGACGUUUGCGGCCAGGGCGACGCUAGCAAUGACGGUGUCAAGAAGAAGCACCGACGGAACCGCACGACAUUCACGACUUACCAACUGCACGAACUGGAAAGGGCCUUCGAGAAGUCCCACUAUCCGGACGUGUACAGCCGAGAAGAGCUCGCCAUGAAGGUCAACUUGCCCGAAGUCCGAGUGCAGGUAUGGUUCCAGAAUCGUCGGGCGAAGUGGAGACGUCAGGAGAAGAUGGAGGCGAACCAGCUGCGGCUGCACGAGCAAAGCCUCAGCAGCCUAACUCGCCCCUCGGGAGCCGGGUUGAGCAUCCCACUGGACCCGUGGCUCACGCCGCCUUUGCUCACGUCGACUUUGUCCCACGCGUUGCCCGGGUUCCUCUCGCAUCCCCACGCCGUCUACCCAAGCUACCUGACGACCCCGCUGCCGUGCGGGCCUGUGCCCGGACUGAGCCUCAGCUCGCUUGUCUCGGCCAGUUCCUGCAAGGCGAUGAACCUGGCCACCUCUCCAUCGUCAGCCACGACACCGUCGGGCCUCUCCUCGCCGUCAAUCUGUCUGACACCGUCGCCAACCAGCUCGGACAAGGAACCCGGCGCCGACCAUCAGCGCACCACGAGCAUCGUAUCAUUGCGCAUCAAGGCCAGAGAGCACCUCGAGUCGAUCUCCAAGGGCCUGCAAGUUGGCUGA